AAACAAACUUAAUUGUAAAUCUUUAUAAUUCUGUCCUCUAAAACCUUAGUCUAUCUUUUCUCUCUCUCUCUCUCAAUUUUUUUUCUCCUCUUUAAUUUUCUCUUUGUGCAACAAUAUGGAUUAUGAGCAACUAAUGUUGAGAGAAACUCAUAGAAUAGACCACAAUAAUAAAAAUAAGAAAUACAGUGUUGGAAGUAUUAGUACUACUAAUAAUUCUAGUGCUACUUCUUCAAUUGCUUCACAUGAAGAUUUGAGAAGUAGAAUUGAGUCAUUUCAUAUGCUAGAAAAAGCUAGUAUUUCCAAGACUGAAUCUGCUGAAAAGAAACUAUCAUGGCUUCGUUCUCAGAUUAUUGGUGAAAAUGUCGAUUUCGAGACGCCAUUUGGGAGACGUAGGCUUACUUAUGCUGAUCAUACUGCGUCAGGAAGAUGUCUUCUCUACAUCGAAAACUAUAUCAUUAAUAAUGUCCUUCCUUUUUAUGGCAAUAGUCAUACUAGUGACAGUCAUGUAGGAUACCAAACAACAAAAUUGGUGCAUGAAGCAGCAGCUUAUGUGAAGAAAUGCUUAGGAGGAGGAGAUGAAGAUGCUAUUAUAUUCUGUGGUUCUGGUUCUACUGCUGCAAUUAAAAGGCUCCAAGAAGUCAUGGCCAUAUCUGUCCCUUCUAUCCUUAGAGAUAAAGUCCUCUCUAAAUGCUUUCGUAACAAAACCAAAGAGAGAUGGGUAGUCUUUGUUGGACCUUAUGAACAUCACUCAAACAUCCUUUCUUGGAGACAAAGUUUAGCUGAGGUUGUGGAGAUUGGCUUGGACGAAAACGGGCUAGUAGACAUGGAAGCCUUGAGGGAUCAGCUUGAGUCCUACAAGUCUACGAAUAGGCCAUUGUUGGGUUCAUUCUCAGCUUGUAGUAAUGUCACUGGAACAUACACUGAUACGAGAGCCAUUGCUCGUUUGCUUCACAAAAAUGGAGCCUUUGCUUGCUUUGAUUUCGCAGCAAGUGCUCCAUAUACAAAAAUAGAGAUGAGAUCAGGAGAAAUAGAUGGAUAUGAUGCUGUUUUUAUUAGUCCUCACAAGUUUCUUGGAGGUCCAGGUACACCUGGAAUUCUUGUAAUGAACAAAGCACUCUAUCAAUUGAGGACUUCACCUCCAUCUACUUGUGGGGGUGGUACUGUUGAUUUUGUCAACCCUUACAAUGAAAAGGACACACUCUAUGUGGAGAACAUCGAAGAAAGGGAGGAUGCAGGAACACCACCAAUCAUCCAGAAAGUGAGAACAGCUCUUGCAUUUUGGGUGAAAGAGUUCAUAAGUCACAAAGUAAUUGAAAGAAUGGAGCACACCUACAUGGAGCUUGCACUACAAAGGCUUCUCCCAAACCCAAACAUAUGGGUUUUGGGAAAUGUGACAGCCAAGAGACAAGCUGUGCUUUCUUUUCUCAUUUAUACUACAACUUACUCUUCAUCAAGUGAUGGCAGUGGUGAAGACAAUGAGUUUUACCUAUGGAGAGAGACAGGGAACAAGAAAGAUAAGCCCCUUCAUGGUCCUUUUGUCGCUAAGCUGCUUAAUGACCUAUUUGGUAUUCAGGCUAGAGGAGGAUGUGCUUGUGCAGGACCCUAUGGACAUGUAUUGCUCAAGGUUGAUGAACCUCACUCUCUUUCCUUCAAAAAUGCAAUUGAAAUGGGCUAUAGUGGAGUGAAGCCUGGAUGGACAAGGGUCAGUUUCCCCUACUACAUGUCCAAGGAGGAAUUUGAGUUCAUUCUAGCAGCAUUAGAGUUCAUAGCCAUUUAUGGACAAAGGUUCCUUCCAAUGUACCAUUUCAACUGGAAGAGUGGUGCUUGGACUUUCAAGAAAAAAGCGUUCAAGGAGGCACUCAUGGGGAGAGAUCACAAUUGCAACUUUUGUGGCUCACCAAUGAAGGGGUUGAACCUAGGGUGCCACGACACUAAAGAGAACAACCACGGAGAAAGCCCUACAAAAGGAGGUCUCAUUUGCAAGUAUGUAAAGUACCUUGAGACAGCCAAGCGCAUUGCUAGCGUCCUUCCCAAAUUUCCAGCUCAACGGUCCAUACCUGAAGAAAUAAACCCUAAACUAGUACCCUUCAGAGUUUGAAGAUUGAAAUCACAUUGCUGUACUUUAGGAAAGAGAAUGCUCGUUCUCAUUCUCCAAUGUAAUCAUGCAGUUGUCUAAUCUUUGGUUGGGCAAAUACAAGAGUUAUUAUAUGUAAUAAACUAGAAGGAUAAGAUGGCACAAGUACACUAUUUUAUAUA